UCCUGACACGCGGUUGAGAAUGGCGAAGAAGUCUACGGUCGACCUGCAGAUGCUGGAGGCAGACGGAGGCCUGAAGGAGCUGGUGCUGAGGUGGUUCCGCGACACUCAGGCGCAGCUCAUCCUGCAAAAUGGAAACUUCCCCAACUGGUUCCAGGGCCUCGCUGCAAGAAAGGAAGCAGAAGAUGUACUGAGAGAUAAAGCUCUGGGCUGCUUUCUCAUCCGCCUCAGUGAUAAAGCCAUUGGCUACAUCCUGUCCUACAAAGGCCAUGACAGGUGUCGCCAUUUUGUAAUUUCCCAAAAUCCAGAUGGCCAGUUUGUGAUAUCUGGGGACUGUCAGCUGUUUGGCAGUCUGACUGAGCUGAUAGAGCAUUACAAGGUCAGCCCCAUUCAGCCGUUUGGAGAGUACCUCACCUCCAGCUGCUGCCAG